AUGUCGUUUAACACAAAAUACCAAGCCGGUGAGGCCUACGGGGACGAGCGCAAGGGGUCUAACAACUUCUUCGCCGACCCCAAGAAGGUCGCCGCAGACAUCAUCAAGGACUUGGGCGGAGUUCACGGCACAUUGACUCCCACGGAGCUCAUCAACCUCGUCCAGCAGCUGACGCAAAAGGGCGAGCCUCUCGAUGACAAGAAGCUCACCACUGAGGCGUUGAUCGGUGUCUUGACCGCUCUGCCCUCCGGCUCCAACACCAGGAACCAGCUCACCAACAAGCUCAUCGACACGCUUUGGGGCAACCUCCAGCACCCGCCUCUGAGCUACGUCGGCGGCGAUGUCAAGUACGAGGUCGUCAAGUCCGAGGAGCAGAUCGCCAAGGAGAAGGAGGAGGCCGAGAAGGCCGGCAAGGAGAAGCCCGCCGACGAGGACGCCAUCACGUUCCAGUCGCCAGACUUCCCCGAGAUCACGCUCCGCGAGCACCUGCCGCUGCCGCCCGACGGUCUCCACCACUACAGAAUGCCCGACGGAAGCUUCAACAACAUCCUGGAGCCCAACCUCGGCAGGGCCGGCACCCCCUACGCCAAGACGGUCAGGACCGAGAAGAGGCUCCAGGCCGUCAAGCCCGACGCCGGUCUCCUCUUCGACCUCCUCAUGGCCCGCGACGAGCAGAAGUUCACGGAGAACCCGGCCGGCAUCUCCUCCAUGCUCUUCUACCACGCGUCCAUCAUCAUCCACGACAUCUUCCGCACCAACCGCACCGACAUGAACAAGUCUGACACGUCGUCCUACCUCGACCUGGCCCCCCUGUACGGCUCCUCCUUCAAGGAUCAGCUCGAGAUCCGCACCAUGAAGGAGGGCAAGCUCAAGCCCGACACCUUCCACGAGAAGCGCCUGCUGGGCCAGCCGGCCGGCGUCAACGUAAUGCUGGUCCUCUACAACCGCUUCCACAACUACGUCUGCGACAUCCUCCUCAAGAUCAACGAGAACAAGCGCUUCUCCGUCAAGUGCCCCGCGGACGCCGCCCCCGAGGAACAGGCGCAGGCGCUGGCCAAGCAGGACCACGACCUCUUCAACACGGCCCGCCUCAUCGUCGGCGGCCUCUACAUCAACAUCUGCCUGCACGACUACCUCCGCGCCAUCACAAACACCCAUCACUCCAAGAGCGACUGGACGCUCGACCCGCGCGUCGAGAUCGGCAAGCAGUUCGACGGCGAGGGCGUCCCCCGCGGCGUCGGCAACCAGGUCAGCGUCGAGUUCAACCUGCUCUACCGCUUCCACUCGUGCAUCUCCAAGAAGGACGAGCGCUGGAUCAAUGGCUUCUUCGCGAAGCUCUUCCCCGGCCGCAAGCCCGAGGACCUGGACAAGGUUCCCGUCCAGGACCUCAUGGCGGCCCUGCAGAAGUUCGAGCAGGAGAAGAUCCCGAAGGACCCCAGCAAGCGCACCUUUGACGAUCUCGUGCGACAGGACGACGGCACCUUCAAGGAUGAGGACCUCGUCCGCGUCCUCAAGGAGGCCAUGGACGAUCCCGCCGGUACCUUCGGCGCUCGCAUGGUCCCCAAGGCGCUCAAGGUCGUCGAGGUGAUGGGCAUUACCCAGGCGCGCCGCUGGCAGGUCGCGUCUCUGAACGAGUUCCGCGAUUUCUUCGGCCUGAAGAGACACAACACUUUCAAGGACAUCAACUCCAACGAGGAAAUCGCCAACCUCCUGGAGAAGCUGUACACCGACCCGGACAUGGUCGAGCUCUACCCCGGCCUCAUGAUCGAGGACAUCAAGCCCGUCCGCAACACCGGCAGCGGCAUCUGCCCGACCUACACCGUCGGCCGCGCCGUGCUCUCCGACGCCGUGACGCUCGUGCGCUCCGACCGGUUCAACACGCUCGACUACACCGUCUCCAACCUGACGGCCUGGGGCUUCAACGAGGUCCAGCAGGACCCCAAGACGCUCGGCGGCUCGAUGCUGUACAAGCUGAUCCAGCGCGGCCUCCCGGGCUGGUUCCCCUUCAACUCCAUCGCCGUGAUGCAGCCCAUGUACACCAAGCAGGCCAACGAGCGCAUCGCCAGGCAGCUGGGCACCUUCAACCAGUUCACGCUGGACGACCCCAAGCCGCCGGCGAAGUACGUCGUGGUCAGGUCGACGGGCGGCAUCAAGCACGUCCUCGGCAACCACGACAAGUACGCCGUGCCGUGGCUCCCGCCGCUGCAGGCGCUCUUCACGGGCCAGAAGAAGGACAUCAGCUGGUUCAUGCUCGCGGGCGACGCGCAGACGAACAAGCAGGAGAAGAUCAACAUGCAGGCGGUGAUGAAGAAGGUGCCGGGCCUGCACAACGCGGUGCACGAGUUCAUCGAGCGGGUCGGCAAGCGGCUGAUCGACAAGGAGACGUUCAAGAUGAGGGAGGGCCUGUUCCAGAUGGACAUCAUCCGGGACGUGGCCAUCCCGCUGAACGCGCAGCUGCUGUCCGACCUGUUCUACAUGGACAUGAACUCGGACGAGAACCCGAACGGCACGAUCGGCGCCGCGGACCUGUACCGCCACCUGCUCAACGUGCGCAUCUGGGGCGCCAACAACAGCGACCCGGCCCAGGCGUGGAACCGCCGCCGGCGCGCGCAGGAGGGCGUCAAGAUCAUCAUCGAGUCGACCAAGAAGCUCGUCAACGAGGUGUCGAUGGGACGGGGUUUUGGCCUUGGUGUUGUGUCGGCCCUCAACAAUGUUGUUUCGCGGAAGACGUAUCUCAAGAAGGACUCGCUGCGUUCGUGCGGUUACAAGCUGGUUGAAGAGCAGCUGAACCAGGGUGGCUCCGUCGACAAGGUCACCGACAACCUGUGGCUUACGGCGUUUGGCGGCAUUGGCGUGCCCGUGACCACGUUCUACGAGGUCUUGGACUUCUUCCUCCGUCCCGAGAACGCCUCAAUCUGGAGCGAAGUACAGAACCUCGCGGCGAAGAACGACGAGGCGGGACUCCACGCCUACGUCAACGAGGCGAUGCGUCUGACGAGCACGCAGCGCACCCUGCGCGUGUCCAAGGUCGAGGACGAGGUCGACGGGCAGAAGAUCCAGCCGGGCAACGUCGUCGUCACGCUUCUCGGCCUCGCCGGACGGAACCCGGAGGAGGUGCAGGACGCGGACAAGUUCGACGCGAAGCGCAACACGGAGGGCCGGCUGAAGGCGUUCGGCACCGGCCAGCACGAGUGUCUCGGCCAGGACGUCGCGCGCGCCUUCGUGACGGGCCUCGUCAAGCUCGUGGCGGGUCUGAAGGAGCUCCGGCCGGCGCCCGGCGACAUGGGCGUCGUCAAGACGAUCCAGGUCAGGGGCGAGAAGGCGUAUCUCAACGACAGCUGGUCGUACCUCGGCUUCGACGCCAGCACCUGGAAGGUGCACUUCAACGGCCACGGACAGGGUGGGUACAAGGGCGGCUCGGAGGAGUCGAACAAGCAGAUCGACUUGGGGCAGUACUACUACGUGCUGCAGAAGCGCAAGGAGAAUUUCCUCAAGGGCGUGACUGGGUCUUCUUAG